CACCGCGUUCCUAGCAGCUCAUCAAUUUUUUCGCGUUCAGUUGGUUUGAUGAAAUUUCAGGAAAGGAAUAUCAUCAGAAUUGUUCGGGGGAGGAAGAUGGAAUCCAGUGACAUACUUUAUUUUCCUUGUGGAACAAUCAAAGAGGAACCCAGUGUUGUGUGUAAUGAAAGUGAUUGUAAAACGUUCGACGAGGCACCCGAUCAUAAAAACUUCCAACUCUUAGCAUUUCUGACAGAAAAUUCAACCCUUUAUGAAAGUGAACUUGAUGACGAAGUGGAAAUAGUCGCCGAAUGCGAAGACGUCAAGCCCGAAGUAGCUAAAAAAAUUGACGAUGAUUUCGAAUAUCACUUGCAGAGCAUAAAGUAUGGCGAUAGUCAUAAUGAUCUGGACACAAUUGAAAUAGAAGCUGCGGAGGAUGUGAUACAGAAAUGCUAUAGUGACACCACGGAAGAAACAAAUUUUAAUUUCAACUGCGAAUAUGCCGAACGAAGGAUAACGAGAAGCAUCACAAAGACGUUGAAAAACGAACGCAAUCUCAAGACGCAAAUGGAUGCGGCACGGAAUGCUGUGAAACGUGCAUGUAAUAUUUCUAGAAAAAAAUUGUCAUCUAAAGACAAUCUCAAAACCCACGUCGAUGCGACAAGUGACAGUUGUAAGUUCUCCACUUCGCCGCCAGAGCGCAUGACGGCGCCAGCACCUAACUUACUAGCAUUUCUCUGCCGCCUGCGAGUAGUAUCAGAAGUGUUUGUCGUCGGCCGAGCACGUGCUGUCGCUGAGAAUCGUGAAUUGUGA